UCAAUGCAGGACGCUGGGCUCCGGCGGCCGGAGUCUGGGACGAGGUGAAGCGGAGCCGGUCCGGGGCCGGCAGGGAGCAGGCCGGAGGCUGAGCGGCGGCCACGGCGGCGGCCGGGAGGGGGGAGGAGAGGCGCAGCCCGAGGAGCCGCCGCAGCAGCUCCCCCGCCUCCCGGGCUGAGGGAAUUCUAGGGAAGGAAGAUGGAUCAACCUAGUGGGAGGAGUUUUAUGCAAGUAUUAUGUGAAAAAUACAGUCCUGAAAACUUCCCUUACCGCCGUGGUCCUGGGAUGGGAGUCCAUGUCCCAGCCACCCCUCAGGGCUCUCCUAUGAAAGACCGCCUCAACCUGCCAAGUGUAUUGGUGUUGAACAGCUGUGGAAUAACCUGUGCAGGAGAUGAAAAAGAAAUCGCUGCCUUCUGUGCUCACGUGUCGGAGCUAGAUCUUUCUGACAACAAACUCGAAGACUGGCACGAGGUCAGUAAAAUUGUGUCAAAUGUUCCCCAGUUGGAGUUUCUAAACCUGAGUUCCAACCCUCUGAAUUUAUCAGUUUUAGAAAGAACAUGUGCUGGGUCCUUCUCUGGGGUUCGAAAACUCGUCCUCAACAACAGCAAAGCUUCUUGGGAGACAGUCCACACGAUACUGCAGGAGUUACCAGAUUUGGAAGAGCUCUUCCUGUGCCUUAAUGACUAUGAAACAGUGUCUUGUCCUUCUAUUUGCUGUCAUUCUCUUAAGCUACUACAUAUAACAGACAAUAACCUCCAAGACUGGACUGAGAUACGCAAGUUAGGAGUUAUGUUUCCUUCACUGGAUACCCUCGUCCUGGCCAACAAUCAUUUGAAUGCUAUUGAGGAGCCUGAUGAUUCAUUGGCUAGGCUGUUCCCUAAUCUGCGAUCCAUCAGCCUCCACAAGUCAGGUUUGCAGUCCUGGGAAGACAUUGACAAACUAAACUCAUUCCCUAAACUUGAAGAAGUGAGGUUGUUAGGAAUUCCUCUUCUGCAGCCAUAUACCACCGAGGAGCGAAGGAAAUUGGUAAUAGCCAGAUUGCCAUCGGUUUCCAAACUUAAUGGCAGUGUUGUUACCGAUGGUGAGCGAGAAGAUUCUGAGAGAUUUUUUAUUCGUUACUAUGUGGAUGUUCCACAGGAAGAAGUGCCAUUCAGGUAUCAUGAACUAAUCACAAAAUAUGGGAAGCUGGAGCCUUUGGCAGAAGUGGACCUGAGACCCCAGAGCAGUGCGAAAGUAGAAGUCCACUUUAACGACCAGGUGGAAGAAAUGAGCAUUCGUCUGGACCAAACAGUUGCAGAACUAAAGAAACAAUUAAAAACUCUAGUGCAGUUACCCACUAGCAACAUGCUUCUCUACUAUUUUGACCACGAAGCACCCUUUGGCCCAGAGGAAAUGAAGUACAGCUCUCGAGCCUUGCAUUCUUUUGGCAUUAGGGAUGGAGACAAAAUUUUUGUGGAAUCCAAAACAAAAUCACCUCCACCAGCCUUGUGAGAACACACACCUUAGGACUCGCAGGGCAUUUGUUCCCAUGAGGUUUUCUUCAGGAGGGAGAAGGUUGUUUUAUUUUGUUUUGUUUUGUUUUGUUCUGUUUUUGUUUUAUUUAGGUUUUAGGGGGGUUUUGUAUAUUUCCCCCUAGAAUGGGUAGGGGGCUGUUUUUGGUAUUUUCUACCACAGAUUCCUUUGGCUCCGCCACCAGAGUUGGCCACAUUUCCAGUUUCUGUGCCCUCUCUCAUGAGAGAUGACUAGGCAGCCACCAGCUUCGUGCUGUGUUCACUGGACCUGUCCACCACUUGGUCCUCAGGACCACUUAGGUGUACUUGUGAUGAUGGCAUGAACAGUAUGUCCCCUCAGAAGUGUAUCUUGCACUUAAAUCAGGAAACAAGGAAUCUUUCCAGGAAGGGCCAACACAUCUCUCUCCCAGUUCCUUCUUUUCCCCCUCCCUCUCUCUCCUUUCCUUCUUGGGUUCAGUUUUUCAUUUUGACUUGUGUCCACACAUGUUUACCUAAUAGUUUUAUUCUUCCCAUAAUUAACUUAUUUUUCAACUUCGGUAACUUUUUUCUUCUUUUCUCCCUUUUGAAAUAAUUUCAAGUGUUUCAAGCAUUUGUCAACCUGAUUCUGAUCUCAGGUACUCGGUUAGAACCUAUAGCUCUGUUCGGGUCUGGAAGAAAAGUAGAUGAAGUGUUAAAACUCCAGGAACACUGGCUGUUGUUCUGGAAGCACAGGCACAGCAGUCUGUUCACUUUGUAACUGUCUCAAUUUUCAUGUUCCUCCCCCAGUAUAUCAACCAUCACUGACAUGAAAUACGUCAAAUUCCAGAGUUCUUUGCGCUUUGCUUUUUGAAUGUCUUUCUGCAUAUCUAUCUUUUUCAUUACUUUAAACUAUUGGGAAUGGAGGCCUGACUUUAUGAAGAAUCCAAUAGUGCAAUGGAUGUACGUGCCAGGAGAGCUAAGGACUAGCUCUCUGUAGUGUGUGUGAGGGAGCCAAGUGAGGGGAGUAGGGGAGAAAGAGUAUUGUGACUUUCCUGCCUGUCAUCAUUUGAAGCCUUUGCUCUUGCACUUUUCAUUCGAAGUGGGGAAUUUUAAUCAAAGGGAGCUUUGCUUCCCAGUUCUUCCCUGGGAUUUUGUGAUGUCAUACGUGAACAGUUCUUUUUGUUUUCCAUUUCAGUUUAGUUGCCCCUACAGAACACCUCUGACUAAUCUCCGAGUAAAGUAUAAGUGUGAAAACUUCAGAUUUGCCUCCAAGUCAUAUUUUUUGCAGAAGCAUAUUUAAAGCAUUUUGCUUUAAAAGGUAGUCCUAGCUGCUCUGAAAUCCUUUCGUUUGUUCUCCUGUUCAUUUGUUAAGCAGUGUAAUCUUUUUCUUUAAUAUAUGUCUUUCUGGAUCCACCAUGUUUACAGGUGGGGAGACUUGAGAACAACUUAGCGCAACCGGGGCAGAAAAUGUGCACAUGAAGUAUUUUUCAAAGAAUGUAAUUGUUACCGGAUUGCUUUUGACCUUUUGACCUUUGUUACAUGAUUCCAUUCCUCCUACAAAUUCCUUAGUUUCUUAUGAAAUUUUUAGGUGACUCUUGUAAACUCUUCACAGAUGAAGAGUUGUGUCUAUUAUCGCUAGUUUUUAAAUUGUCCUAUGCCAUGGUAGCAGAUGUUUACUCUCUUAAUGCACUUCAGGUUCAGUAUCUGUAAAGCCUUUGACCCAGGCCUGCUGAGUCAAAUCUACAUUCACUGUAACAUUAAAAGUGGAAACCAAAGGGUUUGAGGAAGAUGAAUGAGGCCUGCUCUCCUUCUGCUGCAGACUUUAUCUUUCAAAAAUCGUAAAAAUGAGUGAUGGAGAUCCAGGCUGGGUAUAGACAAGAAUAAUUAUUUUGCAAUCACAUUUUCCUGACAGGUUUUUGGAAGUGGGAAAAAAGUGUGGCAACAGUGUCAUGAAGAUUAAAACUGUGGGUGCUUUGUGUACGUGAGCAUGAGUGCAGACGAGUGUGAGAGAGAAGCAGUGUAAUUGAGCCCGUUGCUUUUGUCAGCCCGGGAAACAGAUGCCCUCUUAUUUUUUGAGGUUGUAUGACCCCCAGCUGUCCCACAGCAGAAAGCAGAGUGAACACUCAUGCUUUAAUCAUCAGUGGAAUGGUGACAAUUAAUAAGAUAUUUUAUAUAUGACAAAGUUUUAUGAAAUGCUUUUUUACUAUCAGAGACCUGUUCCUUCUGCUGUUACAGAACACAAUGCCCAUCAGCUGCAGGCAUAAUUCUCCGAUUACACAGUUGCAUGUCAGGGGGACUUCUCAUUUAAUUCAGCAGCCGUGGGUAUUUUUAGGGCAUUGUAAUUGAUGAUUUUAAUAAUUGCUAAAUGAUUUUUGAUUGAGACAAGAUCUAAUGCAAUUACCGGUCCUUUAGCGUUCCAGAACAGAAGUAAAUGAGAAAAGCUGUUUGAGCAUGUAUACGUGUAGACUUAUUUGGGUGGCUGAGUAAAGAUGCUGCUUUUGAAAUAAAAUUGGUGCUGUGUAGACACUUGUAACAUUAUUUUUAUAACAGGCCAAAAAAGGAGAGGAGAGACCAUGGAUUUUUUAGUCUGCAAGUUAUGCAUAAUUGAUUAUAGUUUAUCUGUAUUUUAAUGUUAACUUCAUCUAGAUUCAGUGGGAGCAUAUUAUUGACAUUUAUGAGGCAAAAUUCUGUCAUAGCCAGUAUUAUAGAAAUGUUGCUACAGGCGCAAGUGUAUAGAACAUAUCUUUUCUAAAACAGAAAUUCUUUUCAGUUGUGAAAAAGGAAAGAAGUAAUAAAAGAAAGCCAAGUCGAAACCAAGGCAUCCUUUUCACGUGGGCAUGUAGCUGCUGUGGAAAUCAAUUUUUGAAUUUGAAUUGUUGAAAUAUCUCAGAUUACUUUAAAGGAAAAAAAAAAGUUCAGAGUCAUUUAUCUUUUUUUUUUAUUAUUGAAAGUUUCUGUUUCUGCAACCUAUUACCACCAUGGCCAUAAAUACAUAAGAAAGCAGCGGGUAUUGUAUAAUAUCUUAGGAUAUUAUAUAAUCCAUGUUCCUUUAAGACCUUUUAGGGAAAAUAAGCCCAAAACAUGAGCUUUGUAUAACAGAGCCGAAUGUUAUGAUGCUAUGUUUUAAAAGUUUGUUUACUUAAAAAAAAAAAGUUCAAUUCUAACCAGAUGUUUCAGCUGUGUUGCUAAAUUAGCAGUGUUAUGAACAGGGAAGACUUGUUGCACAGAGAACUGUCAGCAUUCGAGGCAUGCUGGUGAUAGCUUGUGCAUGUGUGAGGGUGGCUUGCUCCAUGGCAGGUGCUGGGCCCCAGGGCAAAUAAAACAGAAUAGUAGAUAGUUCUAAGCAAUGUCAUUUCUGUUUAUGAAUUUUAUUUUCUCCUCGUUUCAUGUUAGAUUGAAAAUGCAAACAAACUGCUUUCAAGAACACCCAGAAGGUCUCUGUGUUACCAGGUGUAUUGUGAACACUCUAUUUUUCAUAGGUGCUUCCUUCAAAUAUAUGUCCAUUGUAGUGAUGGAGAGGGACUGGACUCUCUCAGGCUCUUUACUUGCCAGUUGUCUCCUGCAGUUAAUGGAAAUAUAUAUUUUAUUUUAGAAUAUAAUUUAAACAUGAAGGUCUAUUCUUUGCACUUUUUAUUAAUAUAUAUAUAGAGAGAUAAUCUUUAAAAAAAAUUAAAAAUCCAAGUCCACUUUCUCUUUGUGUUCUGACUUUUUUUCUGGAGUUGUGGGGUCAAGGUACCUGUUUGUUUGCUUUUAUACAGCAAAAAGUUGACAUCAGUGCUGUGAUUGAGUCCUCUCAGGAACUGGCCUAAACUGGUAAGAGUUUGACCAGCUUAACAAAUUUAGUUGGCAUUUUGCCAAAGUUAGAAAUUAAAACCACAAAACAAAGAUUCACAGGAAAUAUGUUAUUGCUUUUUUGUUAGCAAAGUUUUAUACUUCUAACAUGCUCUUUUAAGGAUAAAAACCCACCUUUGAGGUAUUUGGCAUCCCCUUUUUUGAGUAAGAAUCUCAUUAUGAUGAAUUAAAAAUUUGUGACAUUUUUUCAAGUGACGUUUCUUUCCUUUGAAAAAUAACUUUCUGUAAGAAUUAGGGUUUGGGACACUUGAACCGUAUCUGCUUAUCAGUAAUUUCCUGGUAAUAGGUUAUGAAUGAACCUUAUACCAAGAAUUAAGGUCUAAGAAUUACAUAUACUUUAUAACUGUAUUUAGAAGACAGAAUCUAUUAAAUUCUUUCUCAGUUCUUCAGAAGUACGUAAGUAUCAUGAUCUGUUUAAAUUUAAGAUUGUUUCUACCUCUUAUUCAAAUUUCAAAAAAUAUAGUUUUAACCUCUAUGCUAAGUUCUAUUUAACUAAUAUUUAUUAAGAGCUUCUCUGAGUUCUUGCAAGGUAGGCAUGUCAGGACACCCAAUACCCACUGGACUGAAAAAUGGUAUAAUUUCCACCAGUUGUUAGGAUGCAUAUAAAACAAGAAGGUUAACCUUUGAAGUCACAUUUGUCUUUCCAGCUCUUCCCUGGAAAAGAAGUUAUCUGUGUUUCCAACUUAGACUUAGGAUUUCAGGAUUCAAAUUUAGCCAGAUAACUUCUAAAACACAUAGGUCAUGAUAGAUAUUAACAUGAGUCAUUUCAUCUAGUUUUAAGUUUUUAAUAUAACUAAGAUUUAGGAAUUGAGUUAAUACAUGAAAAGGAGAGCAUACCAUAUUAUAUCUCCUUAAAAUAUAAUGAAUUUCUGAAUCCUUUUCCUUCAAAUAUUUGAAAAUAACACUAAAAAGUUUAGGGUUUUUUUUUAACACACUGAUCUAUUAAAAUGUUCAAAUAUACAUAUUUGCCUAGACAUACGAGUAUAAUACAUGUGAACAUCUUAUGCUUUUCUUCAGUGUGGUUUAGGCACCCAAGCAAUUUGCUUGCAUUCUAUUUUGAGGCACACAUAUUAAGAGUGGCAUAACAAACAAGGGGAUUAUGUUGAGGCAAACAAGAGGGAGAUGAGACAAAAGCAGAUGGAGUUGCUGGUUGUGUGAAUCAGUGCCAGGGAUCCAGGCUUACGAUGUUCAUUCUCAUGUCUCUUCUAAACACUAACAAUGUUAGUGUUGGUGUAUUAUCAGCCAGGGCCCAGUCGAGAUGCUCUACCUACAUUAAACACUUUUGGUGUUUGCGACAUCCCUAUGGUUCAGUACCAUUAAUUAUCUGCAUCUUCUCACGCGGGAGGCACAGAUAGGUUAAGUAACUUUCCAGAAGUCACACCAUUGAUAAAUGACAGCAGAGCCAGGAUUCAAACCCAAGCAAUUUGGCUGCAGUUGACAGCUGUACUAUAGUACUUGCCACUAAAGUUCUCCUCCAUAGCCCUCCACACUCACACCAUUAUUGUUAGUCUUUAUGUUUCUCUAAAACACUAAAAUGAAAUGUUCCUCAAUAUUCAUUUGCUAAAUUGAUUUGCUCUGUAACA